AUGCAUCACGCCAGCGUGGUGGGGUCGGCGCGUGCCGUCAGCCACGGCGCCGCCAGCUCCGUGCGCAGCAGCUCCACCGUCUCCAGCUCCAGAUCGCAGGACCGCUCUCGGCUGAUCCAGGAGGAGGCGGCCGCCCCCGGCUCGACGCGCUCGCAGGUCCCUGCGGCGGACGACAACUUCAGCGUUCUGCGCGCUCAGACGGAGGACCAACAGCAGCAGCAGCAGCAACAACAACUGCAGCAGCAUCAGGAACAGCAGCAUCAGCAGCAGCAGGAGCAACAACAACAACAACAACAACAACAGGAACAGCAACAGCAACAGCAGCUUCAGCAGCAGCAGCAGCAACAACAGUACAACACGCCUCAGCCGCAUCCGCUGCCCAUGCCGGAGUAUGGCGGCUACUUUGCCCCGCUCUCCAGCUACCUGCCCGACUGCAGCCAGCCGAUCGCCAGCUUCCACAGGUGCAACCUGGCGCUGAUGCUGAUGCAGGACGUGGUGGUGGACGGCCUGGAGUCGCCGUCGCUGGUCUGGCCGCUGCACCUGCCCUUCAUGCUGCAUGUCAUCUUCCUCGGACUCGACAACCCUCGACCGCUCGUGCACGAGAACUGCAAGCAGCUGUUGCUGAACUUGCUGGUGGUCCUUUCGAAGCAUGACGACCACUUGUCUGUGGCGUCUGUGCUCCUGAGCUGCCGCACAGAGCUGCUGGACUAUGGCCUCACCCUGCCGCCGCUGCCCGUCACGCGACGCAACCUCACCGAGAAGGAGCCGAAGAAGGAGUGGGAGGAGGCGGCGAGCUGUGACUCAUCCACCAGCACGGCCGACACCGUGCUGCAGUUCCUGCCGUCAGCGCCGCCCUACGGCACAGCGGUGCCGACCAUCGUGGCGGGCGACGAGAGCGAGCCGGCCUCGCUGGUGUCGAUGACGACGGAGCCGGCGCCGCUGCCGCUGCCGCACCUCUGCCUCACGCUGGCCAGCUUCCUGUCCAGCCGCCGACGCCAGCCGCUCUGGGCGCACGACGACAUCAGUGCCAAGGUGUGGCACAUCCAGUCGGCGGAGCAGCUGUCGGAGCUGCUGGGCCACGUGGUGCGCAUCUUCGGCGAGAGCCUGCCGUCGGCCCGCGUCCAAGAGCGCUGGGCCCAGGUGGCGCUGCACGUGGCGCUCAGCUGCUCGUCCCGACACCUGGCCAGCCGCUCCCUGCAGGUGUUCCGGGCGCUGCGGAUGCCCAUCACGUGCCGCAUGCUCUCCGACAUCCUCUCCCGGCUGGUGGAGACGGUGGCCGAACAGGGCGAGGACAUGCAGGGCUACGUCACUGAGAUCAUGCUGACUCUGGAGUCGGCCGUCGACUGCAUCGACUCCGACUUCCGGCCGAUUGACUUCGUCAAGGACCUGUUCAAGUCGACACCAAACCUGAUCAACAAGGAGCCGCGCCGGCCGCACGUGACGGGCUCAGUUGGGCCGGCGUGCGGCACCCAGCUGGCCGGCCACCUCCGCUCCACCAGCUUCUCCACGGGCCAGGCGCCGAGCGCCACCAACAAACAGCCGGCCAGUCCGGCCAGCGACCGAGACGGCCGCCCCGGCCGCGUGCCAGACGCCGGCGCCAGUGGCCGCUCGCCCACCGGGCCGGCCGCCGCCCUGAGCCGCUCCCGCUCGGCCAACAGCCUGAAGCAGAUGUCCGACCCGGACACGGAGGAGAGCAAGCUGGCCGUGCUGGCGCAGCUCUUCUGGCUGGCCGUUUGCCUGCUGGAGUCCGACUUUGAGUACGAGUACCUGCUGGCCAUGCGUCUGCUGGAGAAGGUGCUGUGCAAGCUGUCGCUGGACCGGCCUGACUGCCGGGACCGCGUGGACCGGCUACAGCUGCAGCUGCGCUGGCCCACCUUCCCGGGCGUGCACGCGCUGCUGCUGAAGGGCUGCACCAGCCCGAGCACGUUCGAGCCGGCGCUGACGCUGCUGACGCGCUUCAGCCGGCUCAUGGACGUAUCGGUCGUGGACCCUUCGCUGAGCUCCGGCUUCCCGCUCAGCGUCAUAGCUCUGCUGCCCUAUAUGGUGCACCACUACGAGGACGCCAACCCGCUCUGCAUCCAGAGCGCCGAAAACAUCGCCCAGGUGUGCAUGGAGAAGAGUAAGAAGCUGGACAACCUGGCCACCGUGAUGACGCUGUACUCGCGGCGCACGUUCAGCAAGGAGAGCUUCCAGUGGACCAAGUGUGUUGUCAAGUACCUGAUGGACACGUACACCCACCUCAGUAUCCCGGUGAUGACGUUCCUGGUCGAGGUGCUGGAGAAGGGGCCGCCGUUCGUGCAGCAGCCGAUCCUGAACGUGCUGCACUGCCUGUUGCACUACAUGGACCUGGGCCAGACGGCCAACCAGCCCAUCAACGCCGACCUGCUGCGCUCGAUCGCCCGUUACGCGCAGCAGGGGCAACACUGGCGCGAGGCGCUGCGUAUUCUCAAGCUGGCUGUGACCCAAUGCUCGACGCUGGCGGCGGCGCCGACCAGCGGCCUGGCGCAGGCCGCCGACGGCUCCGGCAUCCACGUGUCGUUCGUCGAGGCCGAGCUGGUGGCCAAGAAAGAGCUGCCUGGCCGCACCAUGGAGUUCACGUUCGACGUGUCUCAGACGCCCAUCAUAGGACGACGCGUGACCAAGCCGAGCGCCGAGCCGGCCGCCAAGGAGGAGAGCGCGUCCCCUCGCCGCUCCGUCUCCACCCUGCUGGCGGACGUGACCAGCGGCGGCUGGAAGCGGCCCUGGCUGUCCCAGAGUCGCACGCGCGACCGCCUGCUGAACCUGCUCAUCAGCUGCGGCACGCGAGUCGGCCUGCCCAAGAGUCCGUCGGUGAUCUUCAGCCAGACGUCGGACAUGCUGGAGCGCCAGUCGUCGAUGGCCUCGUCGACGGAGGAGGUGUCCGGCGUGCCGCACGAGUCGGCCGAGUCGCUGGACGAGCACGAGGCGCAGCAGUUCGGCGUCAUCCGCGAGUUCGAUUUCCUCGAGUACGAGCUGGAGAGCCAGGAGGGCGAGAGUCUGGACAACUUUAACUGGGGCGUGCGGCGCCGCUCGCUGGGGAACCUGGAGCCGGAGGAGGCGGCCGCGCCGCCGGCUGACUCGUCGCUGCUCUCGCCGCGCCACCUGGUGCCGGGCAAGACGGUGCUGCAUGACGAGUCGUCGGACGAUGACGGCGGCAGCGUGUCCCCGCUGGACGACGUGGCCUCGUUCGAGUCGGCCUCAUCGGUUGCCGGUGCCACCAUCUUCGCACCGGACAGUCUGCUGGCGCGCGAGCGCCGCUCGUCCGGCUCUUCCCAGUCGUCCAGCACGCCCAGCGAUGGCAGCCACGACAACGCCGCCGACCUGACGCCCUGCAACGCCUCGCCGCGCUUCGGCCACCUGCUGGCCGACUUCGCGGAGGCGGCCGGCGUCCGCCACACGGACAGGGAGCAGGAGUGGCACCGGCAGGUGUCGGCGCUCGUGUCGGACGGCGCGCCACCGGCCGUCGCCGCCUCGGCCGUGCUGCUGCUCUGCAAGCUGCUGGCCGACAUGCAACUAUCGUUCGUGCUGGCGCAGACGGUGGUGUCGACGCUGCGCGAGCUGCGACUGCCGCACGUGUACGCCAGCGGCCAGCUGCUCUCGACGCUGGGCGUGCUGCCGCGCCUGCGCUUCACCUUCCUCGAACUGCAGGAACACCUAGAGGGCUACCAGCAGCGACGCGACCAACUGCUGCGGUGUCUGGACGUGGUGCGGACCACGGUGCCUCUGCAUGGCUCGCUGGACAGCGGUGGACCGCUGGACGAGACUUACAUGGAGCUGUGCCGCACCCUGUAUAAGCUACACUUCCAGCUGCUGCUGCUGAUGGAGGGAUUCGCCAAGACGCUCAGCCUCAUCAGCGUGGACGCGCAGGACGUGGUGGACCUGACGUCGGAGGUGACCCAGCUGCGGUACGCGCUGGGCCAGCUCCAGCUACAGACGGAGCAGGAGCAGGAGCUGGAGCACGAGCCGGCCGGAGCCGUCUCCUCGCCGCAGGAGGCGCGCGCCCGCCUGCUGGAGCUGCUGAACGGCGAGCAGCUGACUGCCGCCGUGCGCUUCUACAGGGCACACAGGGGCCAGUUCCCGGCCGAGCUGACGCACGAGGCUGACGACGUCUCCACCGUGAUCGACCUCUUCUGCCACAUCCGCUCCGAGGCGCAGCCUGUCGUCUCGCUCAGCCCCACCACGGCGCUGUGCGCGGCCUGCGCGGCGCUGCAGGAGGCCAGCAUGCAGCUGCUGUCGGCCGUGCGCGGCCUGGAGGGCUGGCAGCGUCAGGAGCGCCGCCGCGCCGACAGCGCCCUCCGCAAGACCGAGUGCUGACCGGCCAGCGCUGCCGGUCCAGACAGAGACAGACAUGCAGCUGCUGUCGGCCGUGCGCGGCCUGGAGGACCGGCAGCGUCAGGAGCGCUGCCGCGCCGACAGCGCCCUCCACAAGACCGAGUGCUGACCGGCCAGCGCUGCCGGCCCGGUCAGAGACAGACGUGCCGACGGCGUCCGGG